AUGCUGAACGCAAUUACAUUUGUUGUAGCUGCAUUUGUUUCCAAGGCAUUGGUUGUUGAUGCAGAGAGCCCUACAGUGCAGGCGGGCAUGGUGGUUGGGCAGCUACGCGUGGCACCGGCAAGCGGAAGAAAUGCGCUGAUUGGUAUUGGAAAUGAUCCAGACCAGUUCCAAAUGGGCAUUGAUGGGUCGGGGGAGUUUGUCAUUGCAAGCCCACGAACAACGAUACUGAGCGUCGACAACGAAGACACCAUGCGCAUCUAUGCAGACCUCUCUACUAGGUAUGAACUGCCCUCGCAGGAUUCAAUACGACGGACGUUCUUCGUUCAAAAUUUUUCUCGUUCCCGCACCAACGCAUUCAGUUCCCUGGACCUUAAAGGCCCGUUGUUCGUCCGCGGUGUAGCUCAAUUCCGGACUACACAUCGUGAGGACUUCUCCGGAGGGAAAGCUGAAGGAUGGGACAACCCAG